AUGUCGGACGACGUGACGAUACUACACCCCAAGGUGCUUCUUCUUCUGGCCGGCAUCACCACAUCGGUGAUUUUCGGCUACCGGUUUUACAAACGGUACUUGCGUCGGAUCAGAACAUAUCUUGAUCUCACCCCAGACAUUCUCGAUAACCACAUACAACUUUAUGGAAGAGUCACCAGAGUUGGUGAUGGUGACAACUUCCGAUUCUAUCACACUCCAGGAGGUGUUCUUGCUGGCUGGGGCUGGCUUCGCCAUGUUCCUACGGCCAGAUCGGCCUUGAAGGAUGAAACCCUCAUGAUCAGAUUACUGGGAAUAGACGCUCCAGAGCGGCUGCACUGGGGGAAACCGGCCCAGCCAUUGAGUGAAGAGGCGUUGGAGUGGCUCAAAAGCUAUGUUAACGGCCGGAACGUGGUGAUCACGCCGUACUCCAUUGACCAGUAUAAACGGGUGGUGGCUCGGGCCCAGGUUUGGCAAUGGACCGGCAGAAAGGACGUGAGUGCCCAGAUGAUCAAGGAAGGCUUGGCCGUGGUGUAUGAGAGUAAGGUUGGAGCCGAGUUUGGUAUAUAUGAGGGAUGGUAUAGGUCGUUGGAAGCUAAGGCAAAGAAGUUGAAGAAGGGUGUAUGGGGGUUGCGCAAAUUCCAGUCCCCAGGGGCCUUUAAAAAGAUGUACUAUAAGAGUUAG